AGCAAUACGCCAACCAGCGUUCAAACUGCCAUAAAGCCUAAGAUGAAGAAAAGGUUAAACAUGAAGAGAAGAUGAAGAGAAGAAUGUUCCCUGGAUGAAAACGAGAAAAGGUGGUGGAAUUAAGCCUCUGUGUUGAAUUGCCCAGACUGUCAGUGCAGAGUUCAACCCAGAUUAACAUGGCAGAUCCACCAAAAUAUCCCGCAGAUGUCCCUCACAUGUCCACCAUCACAGCCUCCAACAGUUCCUCUGUUAUUUCACCCCAAGUGGUGGGCAGUCACGUCGAGGGCUCAGUCAGCAAUAACAUACAUGUUCAUUUCCACGGUGAGAGAAACACAAGUUCUCCCAUAAGUCCAACCUCAGAUUUGGAACGUGUGCGACGGUUGCAGGCCAAAUUCAAGGAGAACUUGAGACAGAAGCUUGAGACCAUCUUGGAAGGUAUUGCAAAAAGGAGCAACAUGACUCUCCAAGAGUGGAUUCAUCCACAGCUCUUCAUCUCAGAAGAAGAGAGUAAUGAUCUAUUUACAGAAAAUGAAAUAUGGAGAAUUGACAAAGACAAAGCAAUCAGCUGCAAUGAUCUCUUCAAAGCAUUGCCUGGUCAGAAGGUUGUACUCACAACAGGAAUUGCUGGCACUGGAAAAACAGCGUGCGUGCAAAAGUUUGUUCUGGACUGGGCCAUGGGAACAGCCAACCAGGACGUGGAUUUCAUGUUUGUGCUUCCAUUCUCAGAGUUGAAUUUGCUUAGAGAUGAUGAGCACUUCAUUAGUCUUCAUUCGCUUUUGUGUCACUUCCAUCCUGAACUGAAGGUCCUGGAUCCAAAGAUAUAUGAGCAGUGCAAAGUUGUAUUUAUCUUUGAUGGCCUGAAUGAAAGCAAACUUGAUCUUGAUCUGAAAUCCAGGAAUAUGGUUGACUCCAACGGUGAGGAAGAGACCAUUACAUCAGUAGAUACACUGAUAUCUGUCCUCAUAAUGGGUGAACUGGCUCCCUCAGCGCUCAUCUGGAUAACAUCCCGACCGGGAAAAGCCAAAGAGCUCUCAGAAUGCAGGCCUACUGACCUUGUGACAGAUCUUCAGGGAUUCAGUGAUGCACAUAUAGAGGAGUACCUCAGGAAGAAAAUCUGUGGAUGGGAUAAAGCCAAUAGAAUCAUCUCGCACAUCAGAACCACAUGGACCAUGCACACCAUGUGCCAUCUACCGGUCUUCUGUUGGAUCACAGCCACGGCUCUUGAGAGAGCGUAUUACGAUUGUGAAAGUGGUCACCUCCCUAAAACUCUGACUGAAGUACUGACAUGCUAUCUGAUAAAAAGUAACCAGAUGUUAAAAACAGGCAGCCUGUCAAAAGCUGAUGUGGAGCUUUUCAAUGCACUAGGAGAGAUGGCCUUCAAACAUCCGAGAGACAGCUCUGUCCUGACGGAGGACGAUUUUCGAGAGCAUGGCAUUGAACCCGGAGAAGGAGCAAUAAAAUCAGAGCUGCUUGCUCAAAUUUUCUUAGAGGUCAGCUCAAAUUCUUCACCUUCCAAGAGUUACAGGUUUCUGCAUUCAAGCAUUCAGGUGUAUCUUGCUGCACUUUCUGUUCUACGUUCAUAUAGCAGUUACAGCAUAAAUAUGCUAAAACCAGAAAUACAGUGGUUUCCAAAUAAUGACACAACAUCAGAAAGUUCUGAAAAUGAAGAUCAAGAAACCUGCACGAGAAAACAGCAUCAGGGAACGCUGUGGGAGCUGCUGAAGGUUGCUGUGGACAGUUCUUUGGUCAGUGUUAAACUACAGCUGCACACCAGCUCUGAUGGAGAGCUGAAGCAUUUCCUCCCCUUUCUUCUUGGCCUGGCAUUUAACUGUGGUCAGAUGCUGCUGGGUCAACUCAUAGGGGAUAAUAAACAGGACCAGGACAGCAUCCAGAAGGCCAUAAGAUAUAUCAAACAUAUGCUUAAGACUAAGGAGAAGGAACUCAGUCAUGAUCAGAGCAUAAAUUUGCUCCGCAGCCUGGCUGAACUGAGAGAUUACUCUUUUGAGGAGGAGAUGCGAAUGUUCAUGUCAUCAUGCGGAAAUGCUGAAGAACAACUCUCCGUUGCACAGUGCUCAGUGCUGGCCCACCUGGUCCAAGUGUCAGGGAUUGUGUUGGAAGAUAUCGAUGUUUUUAGACUGAGCUCAUCAUUUCAGGGUCAGCGCAGACUUGUAUCAGUUGUGAGAAACUGCAGAAAGGCUCGUGUAAAUUGCCACCAAGCCAUGGCUGUAAUUUCUGCCCUCCUCUCAUCAAAUUCACACCUGGAAAAGCUGCAAUUCAGGCAUGGUUGUAUUGAGAAAUACAAAAAUCUUGUUGAAGCUGUAAAGGCCCCAGUCUUCAGACUUAAAGAGCUUCAUUUUAGUCACAUACAUUUGUUGGCAAAGCACGAAUCCUGGGUAGAAGUCAUACGUGCUGCUCUGUUGGGUCCACAUGAUCAGCCAUGCUCUUUUAUGCUCAAGGACUGCAAUCUCAGUGAUGACAGCUGUGUAGUCCUGGCCUCAGCUCUACAAUCAACCAACUCAGGCUUGAAAGUUCUAGAUCUCAGUUACAACAACCUGACAGACACUGGAGUCAAGAACAUCUAUCAGAAACUUGAACAUUCAAAAUGUGAACUGGAGAAGCUUAGGUUAAGCUACUGCCAUAAAGUCACAGAUAAAUCGUGUGCAACAUUGUCCAAGGUUCUACCUCACUCACAUCUGAAAGAGCUGCAUUUGGAUGGGUGUAGAAUUCGAGACUCUGGAAUGAAACUUCUCAGUCGUCCUCUGAUGAUUCGUCCAAACCAACUACAAACACUGUGGUUGGGCCACUGCAAUCUAACUGGAGAUGGCUGUGAAGUUCUGGCAUCAGCGCUCAGCUCAGAUUCUUCAGAACUUGGAGAGCUGGACCUCAGUGACAAUGACCUGAAGGACUCAGGAGUGAAGCGGCUCUCUGCUGGACUGAAGAGCUCCCAUUGUAAACUCGAGAUUCUAAGAAUGUCUGGUUGCAUGAUCACAGAGGAAGGCUGUUCUUCAAUAGCUUCAGCUCUGUGUUCAAACCCCUGCCACCUAAGAGAGCUAGAUCUGAGCUACAAUCAUCCAGGAGAGAAGGUGCUCUCUGCCAGAUUGGAGGAUCCACACUGCAUACUGGAGACACUUAAUCUAAGAAACUGUGGGGAGCACAGAAUGAAACCAGGCAUAAGAAAAUAUGGCUCUUACUUUGCAAAAUGGGAACUGUCAUGUGAGGAAGAUGUUCAGAAGUGGGAAAACCAUCUUGUUGACAGCGGCUUUUGUGGUGAACAGGGGAAAUUCUACUGGCAAGUUAAAUGGACAACAGAAAUUGAUUUUGGAAUGAAGUCCAAAAGCUCAAAUAGGUGUUACAGUUUUAACAGAAAGUACAUCCCGCGGUUAGUGGGAAUCAGAAUCUCACAAAAGCCCAUCUCCCACACAAUGGGAAUCUAUCUGGACUGGCCAGCUGGCACCCUGUCAUUCUACAGAGUUCUGCCUAAUCAUGUUCAGAAACCAAUUCCAAAAUCAGACCAACUGAGACAUCUGUACACAUUUCAUGACCGGUUCAGGAAUCCCCUUUAUCCGUAUGUAAAAUUACAAACAAAAUCUGCCAUGGUCUCAGUCCAGUCCCUAGGGCCAUUCUCUCCUAACUGAAGAGAGCAGCCUAGCUCUUGCUCCGGACUUCAAAUCACAUCAAUAAGAGAGAUUUUACUUUCUCAGGAAUGUAGGUAGUGUUAGACCUGGCCUCCCACUGAUAGAUGUCUAAUGUUUCUACUUUUAAUGCAUUUUGUACUGGACAAACAUCCUUAAGUCAUUAACUAGUACUAAACACAGAUGUUACACCAGAGAUUACUGUAUUUGUUUGGUAUUGAUUUUAAAAUGUUUUAUGAAUCAUCAAAGUGUGACCUGCAGUCUUGUCUCCUUAUACGUAUAUGUCUGAUAUUUGUCCCAGGAAGAGUGUGAUUUAAGAAAAUAAUAAUAAUAAUAAUAGAUAUAUGGAACUUUUUGUUCAUAUUUUACACUUCCGAAAUUUCUAAGUGACCCCAAAGUUUCAGGCAUCAACACCACAUAAAUAAAUUCAGGCAAGUGUUGCUUGAACAUUUAUUACGCAUUUUAUUUGCUUUAAUUUGAGUUGUUUUCACAGCUGUUAUAAACAUCUUUUGUCUACAUAUGUACAGGUACAAAAAAAUUAAAGCAUCUGAGAAAAGGAUCGGUACAGACUUUGUGUGGGCUGUAAAUGUUUACUUACCUACACAGUAAAAAUACUUACAUGAGAAUAAAUACAAAUAAGCUUUCAACAUUUUUUUGAAAGCAACAACUUCUCUUUAUGUUUUAUUGUAUUUAUGUUUAUUUGCAUUUAUUGUAAUGUGAUAAUGUGGCUUUCCAUGCAAAACAUAUAAAGAUAAAUACCAGAUAAAUGAUUUUUAACAAUUUUAAGAAUUUUGCACAUUAUGAGUGUGUGGGGUUUUAGGAACAAAACCUUGUGUCUCCAUUUUUGACAUUUUUCAUUUUUUGACAUAAUUUGAAAAUACGUGCUGCUUACGCUGUAUCCGAAUUUCAUGAUGAAUGGAGCAAUAGAAACAGUC